CGCUUCUCCCGUCCCGUGCUCAACCUGUCCCGACCUGGUUUUCCUCCAACCGGCGACCCAGCCAAACCCUAGAACAAACCGACCGAGCAGGCCAUCGCCACCCCACGGACUCGCCGCAGCCGCUGCAGCUGCAGCUGUCGCGCCGCAUGGCCGAGUACGAGGAGGGCUACGAGGGCAACGGCGACCCCGCCGCCGCCGCCGCCGCCGUCACCGGAGGUUCCCCGCCGACCAAGCCCUCCGGUUUCUCCGACCAACCCGACGGUCGCUCCCAGCAGGAGGUACAGCCACAUGAGGGAAGGUCCUCAAAAUCUAGAGAGAGGGACAGAGGACGAGAGAAGGACAAGGACAAGGAGCGUGAUAGAGAACAUGGAAGAGAUAGAGAAAGGGGCCGUGAUAAGGACAGGGAGAGGGACCGGGGUGACCGGGACCGGGAACGCGACCGCCACCAUAGGGAGCACCGUGAAAGAAGUGAAAAAAGGGAGCACUGUGGCCAUUCUGAUGACCAUGAUCGUCAUCGCAGCCGUGACCGUGAUAUUGAAAGAAGAGACCGUGACAAGGAUGGCCAUCGCAGGCAUCGCUCCCGCUCCCGUUCUAAGGGUCGUGAACGCAGAUCCAGAUCUCGUUCGCGUUCUCGUUCAAAGAGCAAGCGGGUGAGCGGAUUUGACCAGGGACCAUCGCAAGCCAUUCCUAUGGUCACUCCUGGCGCGACCCCAGGUCAGCUGCCCGCAGUUGCCCCUCUUAUUACUGGGAUGCUUCCAAACAUGUUUAAUUUCACUGCUCCUACGCAGUUCAAUCCUCUAGUUAUGCAACCACAGGCCAUGACACAACAGGCUACCCGGCAUGCUAGGCGUGUUUAUGUUGGUGGACUUCCACCAACUGCCAAUGAGCAGACAGUUGCUAUAUACUUCAAUCAAGUUAUGGCUGCUAUUGGAGGAAACACAGCUGGUCCUGGUGAUGCUGUUCUUAAUGUAUACAUAAACCAUGACAAGAAAUUUGCUUUUGUGGAGAUGAGGUCUGUGGAGGAAGCAAGCAAUGCAAUGGCCUUAGAUGGUAUAAUGUUUGAGGGAGCACCGGUGAAAGUUAGAAGGCCAACAGACUAUAAUCCUUCCCUGGCUGCUGCACUGGGUCCAAGCCAGCCAAACCCUAAUCUAAAUCUUGGUGCUGUUGGCUUGACACCUGGCUCAGCUGGAGGUUUAGAAGGCCCUGAUCGCAUCUUUGUGGGUGGCCUCCCGUACUACUUCACCGAGGCUCAAGUGCGGGAGUUGCUUGAAUCCUUUGGACCGUUGCGAGGAUUUGAUCUUGUGAAGGAUAGGGAGACAGGCAACUCGAAAGGAUAUGCCUUCUGUGUAUACCAGGAUCUUAAUGUCACAGACAUUGCCUGUGCUGCCCUGAAUGGUAUCAAGAUGGGAGACAAGACCCUCACUGUUAGGCGAGCAAAUCAAGGCACUUCUCAACCAAGGCCAGAGCAAGAAACCAUCCUGUUGCACGCACAACAACAAGUGCAGAUGCAGAAACUCGUGCUACAAGUUGGAGGGGCUCUACCGACAAAGGUGGUAUGCCUGACCCAGGUGGUUUCAGCAGAUGAACUGAGAGAUGAUGAGGAAUACGAGGAUAUUUUCGAAGACAUGAGGGAAGAAGGGCGCAAAUAUGGUAACUUGGUUAAAGCUGUCAUCCCACGACCUGACCCCAGCGGCGCUGCUGUUCCUGGAGUUGGAAAGGUGUUUCUGGAAUAUGCAGAUAUCGACGGCUCGACCAAGGCGAAGGUCGGGAUGCAUGGCAGGAAGUUUGGCGGGAACCAGGUGGUGGCCGUGUUCUACCCUGAAAACAAGUUUGCUGAUGGAGAUUACGAUGAUUAGAUGAAGUCCUCUGCUUGGUUGACACCCAUAUCAUGCGUUUGCUUAGUUUUCAAAUUGAAUCCUUUUUUAAUCUGUUUGUGGAACCGUCUGCUCGAUAUAUGGUACUCCCUCUGUCCCAUAAUGUAAAACGUUUUUUGACUCUAGUUUUUUGACUCUAGUAUAGUGUCGAAAAACGUCUUACAUUAUGGGACAGAGGGAGUAUAAUUUUAUUUGUCAAGUACAUGUACCGCUGCUGCCCUUGCCUACUGUACCCAAACAUGAUCAGUGCUGGUA